AUGACAUCCAAUCCUCCACAACAAAUCCGUCCGAUUAUUGAAUGUUUUUGUAAAAUUUUAUCUUUCUAUGGAUUUACACCAAUCACACCUGAAAUCUUUCGCUUGGCCAAGUUUAAUCGUAACGAAGCUACUAUUCCAUUAUGGCGUCUGAUAUUUGAAAUCUUGCAUUUCGAUCCCACCAAAGCGAAUCAGCAACACAAUAUUGAUAAAUUUAAUCAAACACAAAAAGAUGAAUUAGUCUUUCUAAUGAAAAAUGAUUUAUUCACACGUGGUUAUACUUACGAACAUUUCCUCUCGCUUGAUAGUACGAUGCAAAAGGGCAGUCGACAAUUACUUAUUUGUCUUGGUUGGCUAAUCUAUCAUGUGAGAUUGAUUGAAACAUGUAUGGAAUCAUGUUUAAACAAUGAUUCGAUCUUUGAUUAUGAUGAUACCAGUUCUCUUCAUCCGAUGGAUGAUGACAGCCAACGAGCGAACAAUUCGUUUGAAAAGAAAGGUCUUAUUGAUCAAGUAAAACAAGCCAUGCAUUUUAAUUCGAAAUUGCGUUUUGGCUUACGACGACUUCACGGACUGUUACUUGAAAAUACAAGUUUGCAGCAUCAGAUUCAUCAAUGCCACAAUAUGUCUUCGCUCGAAGCGCAUCUUUGUCAACAUCCUCAUUUGUUGUCUCAUUACAUGAUCGAACUGGAAAACGAGCACCACAAGUUGAACUACUUUCUCUUUUGGAACGAACAUGAAAAUGUCUUUUGGAAAUGGAUGGAAAGUGUACUUGACCAACCAUCGACCGUGGAAGACGAGAGUGACGAUGAUCAAGAUGAAAAUGAAGACGAAUACGAGCCUCUACGACAAGUUGAUUGUCAACGUUUAGAAGUAGAACGUCAGAAGUUUAAUGCAGCUAUCGACACACUCGACAGCGCUCUCGUCCGGCUUCAGCAACUAUGCUUAUCAAAUAACGAUAACACGUCGAUUAAAGAGGAUGUUUCAUCGAUUUUGACUUCCAUUGAUACUCAGGUUUCUUCGCUGUUCAAUCAAUUGCUCGCAAGUAAUCCGUCGAUACUCCCGAAAUCGUCGACACAAUCAUCUCAAACACUUUUUCUUCAUCAACCACAUCGUCUAGUCUAUACGAACAAAGCCGAUUCUCAAGAUGCAAAUCGCUUCAUAAAACCAAUCGAUUUCGAUCGUGAAACGACGUGUCUGAAUACUUUACAAACAAAUAUCGAUCAACAGAUCGAAAAACAACGUACAAUACUUGAUAAACUCUCUCAUAAAUUUCAAAAUGUUAUGAUUAUUGAAAGAAAAGAAAAGAUGGCAGAAAAAUUAAAUAGUUUUGCGAGUCGAUUGUCUCAAGGCACACCGAAAGGCUUAGGCUUAGGUGUGAAGGUCCUCGUUGGUGCAUCAGCAGUUGCAUAUGGGAUCUAUCGAUCGAUGUUUACUGUGGAAGGUGGUCAUCGUGCGAUUAUUUUCAAUCGUAUUGGUGGUAUCGAUCAAAAUACCAUCUAUUCAGAAGGGUUACAUUUCAGAAUUCCAUGGUUUCAAUAUCCAAUUCUCUACGAUAUUCGUGCCCGACCAAGUAUGAUCAAAUCGCCAACGGGCAGCAAAGAUCUACAAAUGGUCACUAUCGCACUUCGAGUUCUGGCUCGACCUGAUCAAACGAGAUUACCUAAACUAUAUCAAUCGUUAGGUGUUGAUUGGGAUGAACGAGUGUUGCCGUCAAUUUGUAACGAAGUCUUGAAAGGUGUUGUCGCUAAAUUUAAUGCAUCACAGCUGAUCACUCAACGACAACAAGUGUCGAAUUUGAUUCGAAUAGAUCUCAUCGAGCGUGCGAAAGAUUUCGAUAUUUUACUCGAUGACGUCUCGAUUACUGAAUUGAGCUUCGGCUCACAAUAUUCAGCGGCAGUUGAAGCGAAACAAGUCGCUCAACAAGAGGCACAACGAGCAGUAUUCACAGUCGAACAAGCAAAACAAGAACGUCAACAAAAGAUUGUUCUCGCGGAAGGUGAUGCUGAGUCAGCUAAACUUAUUGGCAAUGCAAUUAGUAAAAAUCCUGGUUAUUUAAAACUACGAAAGAUUCGUGCAGCACAAAAUAUUGCUAAAACGCUUUCACAAAGCACGAAUCGUGCAUUUCUUGAUGCUCAAGCUUUAAUGAUCAAUGUUGCCGACCCAAAAUUUGAUGAAACUACUCAAGAUCUUGGACGCAAACGACGAUAA